UCCGAUAUGGAAGGAUUCUCGAUUAAUGUCGAGAAAGUUCAUUCAAUGAUAUCCAGCAAGAAAUCUCCAUCAUUGAUUGAUCUCGAUAAUCUCAACGGAAGAUUGGAAUCGCGAAAGGACCUGGACAGCUCCGAAAAAAAACAGAAAGAGAAAAGACAUCGAAAGACUCACACGAUGGAUCCUCGAGACAAUAUAGGACGAUGUGAACGAACAUCGAAAGUUAAACACCCGGAAUUAGCUCGCUCGAAGAUGACGAAGAAGGAGUGCACUUCUUACAAGUGUAAAGAAUGCGGAAAAAUUCUCUCUACCUCGUAUAAUCUACUGAUCCACCACAAUAUUCACACCGGCGCGCGACCCUAUAAUUGUCCUACCUGUGACAAGAGCUUCCGAUCGGCGUCCGGCAUGAAUAGGCACGUGCGCAACGUCCACGACGGCAUCAAGAAUUUUAUUUGCGACGUGUGCGGCCGCGGUCUCGCCUCAAGGGCAUCGAGGGACGAACACAGACGCACCCAUACCGGCGAGAGACCUCACUCGUGCGAGAUCUGCGGCAAAUCCUUCAAACAGAAGGCGUCCUUACACGUCCACCGGCUCUAUCAUUCCAAAGUUUUGCCGUAUCAUUGCGAGCAGUGCGGCCGCGGUUUCCGCAGGAGGCAAGAAUUAGACAAGCAUGCGUCCUGGCAUUCCGAUCGAAAACCUUAUACUUGCGAUAUCUGCGACGAGCGUUUCCGUAGCAAGAAUUGCGUUAUUCGUCAUCAACGUAUUCAUAAUGAUCAACGAUCACAUAUUUGCAUCAUUUGCAGCGCCGGAUUCACCCAAGAACGUUAUUUGAAAAGGCACUGCGAAAACUCUCAUAAAAACAUGCACACGUAGACUUUAAAGGAAUUUAUUAUUCAUUUGUAGUUUAUUUGUCUGGAAAAGACGUAGAACAUUGUUGUACAAAGUGCCGAUCGUUAAGAAAGGAUUGAAAAAUAUGAGAAAGCAUGGUAAAAAUCUAAUAUUAAUAUACUGCCUCAAACAUUUCUGUGCAUCAAAGAAAUUGUAUAAAUAUCUGCGUAUACAGUAUAAAGUCAUUUAGUUAUUCUACAUGCAUGCUUAUUAAAAUUUGACACAAAACGGUCCUAUUUCUGCGACAGCAUCUUGUCAAGCAACAUCUCGAAAAAUUGAUAAUUACAGAGUCUCGAAAAUUUGUUGAAUAUU